GGCUGUCAUUCAUCAGGCAGCCACCAAGCUUCUGGAUAUAAAAACUUCAUUCGUUCACAAACAAAACAAAAAGAGAUUACCAAGAUGUUGCGAGUGACGGAAAAACCUCGUCCAGGAUGUAUCAAGAGGGAAUUAUCUGCCUCACAGAAAGUGUCAAAGAAAUAUCUCAAAGCUCACAUGAAAAGGUUACACAAAAAGGAGUACAGGAAGCUAAGAGAAAUGGUACCAGCAGUAGCGCAUAAAGACAAAGUUUCAAAGGUCACAGUUAUUGAAGAGGCCAUUAAAUAUAUAGAUGAAUUACACGCAGCUUUAAUCGAAAGACUACAGGCUGGUACCACAGGACGGUUACAACAAGGUUCAUCACCAAACCAGGCAGAGAUUAACCAGCGAAUGCUUCACGAAAUGGUUUUGAGAAACCUCCAGCCUCUUCAUACGAUAAAAGUCAACCCACUCUGCGAAAAACAGCGAAAAGUAGCCACAUAUCUUAGAAAGACAGACAAAUUGCCAAAACGGGACUUAUGAGCUAUUUGAUGAAAUGCAGAGACAAUGAAUGAUAUCUAUGAUUGACAAAAUUUGGAUUCCUUGGAUUUUUAGCACCUUCCUCCGUAUGCUCAAUGGACUUGAACAGUGGAUGCCGUCCAGCAUGACUGCCUCAGGAUCUUCGGGACAUUUUUGGACCGGUAAUACAAGCCACAUUUAUACCAGACGUUUCUGUUUGAAGGAGUAGAACAAUCUUGCCUGGUUGUAACAGAGUUUCAGUUGUUUUACGUGACAUUCAUAGUUGACUUUUUCAUGAACCUAUCAAUAUCAUUAUCUUCACGUUUCAUGAGUGCAAACGUAGCUGUUCUUCGCAUACUUUGAUUCGAGUUUGUUUUUCAGUCUUCCCGGUUUGCAGACAAUCAUUGGUGUCUAACGAAAACAAAGAAUUCAAAUUUUGUUCAAUUUGUAAACUAGUCAAGCUUGUAAAGAUUGUGAAUAGUUUGGUGUACAUAUUGCAGUAUUGCAUAAUAAAUGUACAUAGUCAAUGUGCUAACUAAUAAUAGCAAUUCAAAGAACAAUGCAGCAGUGGCAUGCAGUUUUUUAAAGAAGCAUUGUUUGGGUACAAUAGCGAUCCUUUUGUGUUUUUUAUCGUCCUGAAUCUUAUUUUUUAAAAAGCCGUUAACCAGGUGGCCAAAUAGCGCCAGGUUUUUUUCUUGUCUUUGGAAAAACUAGCCUGUGGGGCUCUUGUUUCAGCAUGUCCCUUCUUGGAGACUUGUCCUUGGGUUUCUAUUCUAAAUGACAUUUUGUUUGUUAUGAAAUUUUCCGAAUGGUGGUUGAUGUUUCGUGAAAUAACACCCCAGCGUUUCUAUCCCAAUAAAGGCACAAAGUCUGCUUGAUCAAGCAUUUUUCACCUCAAUGUGAAAUUUCACAAAAGAUUACAACUUCCUUACACUCAUUUACGAGCAAAGAAACUCCUUUGUUGUAAAAAGAAUAGUCCUGACUUACUACAGCAGUUAAUGUCAUGUCUGUUUACUUUAGAAGUGGUUUGACCGCGGGGCGAAAGUGAUUUACAAACCAUAACGUAACCGUGGCCCCACCCCUUACUUGAUAAUUGGUACUCCACAUUAUGGCUCCUUUUAUAAGGUUUUGCCUUGGGAUAACCGUGACACGACCGAAACAGUUAGUAAUACAUCAUACUGUAAUUACGAUAAAAACCCAGUAAUACAUCAUACUGCAAUUAUGAUAGAAACCUAUUGGACAGCUGCCCUGCCCUUGGUACAGUCCCGUUAAGUCAAAGACAGUUAGAUAAUACACAAGGACACUUUUUCAAAUGCUGAAAAAGCCACAAAAUAAACACAACAAAGGCUUGGUCAAUAGCCAGAGGGGAUGCUCCGUUAAUUUCUCAGUGAUUUCAUGCCGACCACGGAACCUAUAAAUCAAACCUUUCCUAUCUUGCUACAUUGUUCUUUGAGUUGUCGUAAAAAUAGAAUCUGACGAACCGACGCAACCUAAUCAAGAAUGUCAGACGCCAUUAACCGUGUUAUCUGAGUUGUUGUUUUUUAUUGUGUUUUUGAGCAAUUUCCGUUUCUUGACCACAAAGGCAGUUCAGAUGAAUGAUAUUACUUUAGGAAAUUAACAACGAAAUUUUUUGCACUGUUUACCUGUUUAAUCCAUUUUUCAUUUAAUGCGCAUCCUCAGGUAAAGUUGCAUGAUGGGUGAGCACAUAUACUUCCGAUAGAGAUGGUAUUUGAUACCUUGUACAGAAGUGGUGUUUCCUUAAUUUGCUUGACAGUUUGCCAUUUUUAUCAUCUUGAUGUUUAUUUACUGUCGAGAAGCACGAACACAGUAUUGAAAAUGGCGACGAUGUGCAACCAAAAAAUUAGGUCAAGCUCAAAAUACAUUGUGUUUUUAUAUUUCUUGUGUUUAGUGACGUCUUUCGUCACCAAAUUUGUGAAUAAUUUCGUCAUGCUCAGAAACUGCGUCCAUCGUUUCUGUUCGAGAUAAUUUUUGUAUCGUUUUACAUGCAUUUUAUAAUAUAUCAAAAUAAAAAAUGACAAAUUUGCC